AUGAACAAUUACACAAAUAGACGGCCCCCAGUCCCCGGCGGCCCCGCUAUUCCUGGCUACGGUGGCGACCAUGGUAACGGCGGGGCAGGGGGUGCUAAGAAUCUCCGGUGGAGGUUCGGUUGCCACCUACGACGACUCGACCUGGCAACAUUUAACGCACGCACACUGAGGACUGACGAGAAGAUCCUGGAGCUGGAAGAAGAGAUAGACAAGUUGCGCUGGAGUAUUAUAGGAUUAUCCGAGGUCCGAAGAGAGGGGGAGGACACGGUGAUUCUCGAAUCCGGCAACUUGUUCUAUCACCGGGAGGGCGACCAUCUGUCCCAAGGAGGUGUCGGAUUUAUCGUCCACAAGUCUCUCGUCAACAACGUUGUACAGAUUGAGAGUGUGUCGACGAGGGUCGCGUACCUGAUACUCAGAAUCACCAAACGGUAUUCGCUGAAGGUCAUACAGGUUUACGCACCAACGUCGGCACAUUCCGAUGAGGAGGUGGAGGAAAUGUAUGAGGAUAUUUCCAAAGCCAUACAUUCCUCCAAAACCCACUACACGGUGUUGAUGGGAGACUUCAACGCAAAACUAGGCACAAGAGAAAGCGGUGAGCUGAAGUUAGGGAAAUUUGGAGUAGGGCAACGGAACCGAAGGGGCCAGCAGCUGGCCGACUUUAUGGAGAAAGAGGGACUCUUUAUGAUGAACUCUUUCUUCCAGAAGCGGCCCCACAGGAAGUGGACCUGGUCGAGCCCCGACGGUUCGACAAAAAAUGAGAUUGACUUCAUUAUGACGACCAGACGCCAACUGUUCAGUGAUGUCUCAGUGAUCGCAAGGGUGAAAACUGGCAGCGAUCACCGAAUGGUUAGAGGCACACUGAACCUAAACGUUAAGUUGGAGAGGUCUCGUCUAAUGAAGUCAACGCUCCGUCCCCCCUCGUGCUCUGAUCCAAAAUCCCGAAAACUUUCAGCUCGAGUUACACAACCGCUUUCAGUGCCUACAAGAUUGCAAUGCAGUGGACGAUAUGAAUGA